AUGGGGGUCGGGGGGAGACUUGGCCGAUGCCGAGCUAAUAAAAGAGGUUUCCCUGAGCCUGAGCAUCGCUCCUGUCCUUAGCUGGGGGGGAAGUCCCGAUUUGGGGUGUCCAUCUCCUCCGCCGCCUGGAUCUGCUCGUGGCUCGGAGCUCGGGGAAACCUGGGAUGGACGGGGCCAUUCCCAAAUUGCCCUUGUGCCCGCUCUGGCUUCCUGCUGGGCUGUGUGGCCCUGAUGGGUGUCAGGGAUGUGGCUGGCAGCGGGGUGGGGCUCGGAGCGUCUCCGGCAGCGAUGCCGUGGUGGCCACCACCACUGGGCCAUCAACGCCCAUCCUCUCUGGGGACUUGGGUGACAUGUAGGGGGGGUCAUGCGUCUGCUGGCACAGCGUGUCCCCGGCUCAGCGACCCUAACUGAGCUCCCAUUCCCAGCGUUCAGCUCCCAAAUCCCAGCACCUCUGAGAAAAGGUGGAAUCCCCACCGCAGGGCAACACAUCCCAGAGCUGGUGGGUGCUCGGUGCCCGAUUUGGCUGUUCCCACGCGGUGCCGGGCGGCUGUGCCGUGCUGGGCUCAGAUGAUGGAGCCAUCCCUGUGGCCGGGAAGGAGGCGUUUCCCUGGCCCCACGCUGGCCCUGGGCCAGGCUCCGGAAUGAGACGCCCUUGCACCACACCGCAGCUGGCGGCGCGCGGGGAGCUCCCACUCACACCUCCCCGCCGUAUAAAACCCCGGUGCGCCGCAGCCCGCCCAGACCCAGGAGAGCCCGUGGAGCAGGUAAGUGGCCCAUCCGCCACCACGGGAUGGGGUGGGGGGGGGGCCGUGCCCAGGGGUCCCGCCACCCCUCCACAUCACCCCCCCCUCCACUUUUUGCUCCCACGCUCGGCUUUGCCACGACUUGCCGCUGGGGCAGGGAUGUUCCUGCCGCCGGGACGUGUCCCAGCAGCUCACCGCAUCCCGGGGCUCCUUCCUCGCCCUGCACUCGGUCCUGGCUCUAAAGGAGGGGAAACUCCCCCACCACCACAAUCCGAGACCUGAGCUUGGCUUUCUUCCCCCACCAGCUCCCCCAGACCUCAUCGCAGAGGACAACCCCGCCGCCGCUGCCACCGAGGACCUCCGGACCCCGCGAGGAGCAGCAUGGGCCAGUGCAACUGCCGCAAGAAGCGCAAGGACUGCCAGGAGCUCACUGACGUGGAACGGGCCAUCGAGACUGUCAUCAACCAGUUCCACUGCUACGCGGUGAAGGGGCAGAAGGAGUACCUGACGCCCAACGAGAUGCAGGAGCUGGUGGUGCAGAAGCUGCCCCACCUGGGAAAGUGCGUUGGGCCGCUGGAAGAGAAGAUCGAAUGCAUGGGCAACCCUGACGAGGCCAAGCUGGAGUUCGGAGAGUACUGGGACAUGAUGGGGGACGCGGCCAAGGGCUGCCGGAGGAAGUAGAGGGUGGCGGGGGACGGGAAGGCGCCCGAGGCCUCAGGCUCUGCACCGAGAAGCGCGAGAGGCUGCUGGUCCUGGCGGGAUGCGCCUGGGAAAACGCAGCGUUGCUCCCGCCGGGGCUCAUCUCCUCCCCGUGUCCCUGGCCGGGGCGGGGGGAUCCCCCUGCCCGGCUCCGUCCCUGCCCUCUCCCAGCUCUCCUUCCCAUCAGGAAACCUCCCUUCCCACCCCCAGCUCCGGCCCGCGCCGCGGCGGGAGGGAGGUGGCAAGGGGGUUCCUGGCCCUGGCUCCGGAGCCACCUUUCUCCGUCCUUCGCUCCAGAGCCUUUACCCCCGGGGUUGUCCCACCUCCGGUGCCCAAAACCCUCCAGUUGCAGGUCCCCCAGCCCCGGAGCAUCGCAGCCAGAGGGACUCGGCUCCUUUCCCCCCAAAGCCCUUGGAUGUGCGGGCUUGUCCCCCGACCCUACGCCUUGCCACCCGAUGGGAGCCCCUUUGUCACAGUCCUGCCUUGUGCUCCGAGCACCUUCAGGGACAUCCCAGGCUCCAGCACUGACGUCCCUGUGCGUGGCCUGGGUGUAUUCCCUGCACUUCCCCCGGUGCGGGAACCGUGGUGCCCCGCGCCUGCCCGGGUUUUUGGGGUGCUGUGCCGGGGUGUGCUGCCUGCACAGUGCUCCCCCGCCUGCCCCCUCGCCAGGGAUGCUGGCCCCCAGCUGGCGGCUGGGCUCGGGGCUGGGACGGU